AUGAAAAGUUAUUUAAUUUUUGGAUUAUGGUUGUUAAAAGAGGUGUUAGGAGAUCCAGUAUAUAAGAAUUCUUUUUCCAUAAAAGUAACAAUAUCUCAGUAUGAUCUAACUAUCAAAAACAGUGAUGCAUAUCAAGUAAAUGUUAAAGCAAUAACUAUUCAUCCUGGAUAUAUUUGUGGGAAACCAAAAGAUGAUAUAGCAUUACUCGAGCUGGAAAAUACUUUAACAUGGUCCAAUACUGCUCUUCCAGCAUGUUUGCCGAGUUCUAAGCCCGCCGAAGACUACACUAGUUUGUUGGCUAUAGUUGCUGGUUGGGGCUGGACCAACGAACUUACUGAAAAAGGAGGGCGUGCAAAUAUUAUGCAAAAAGCUAAAGUAGCUGUUAUUAGUCUAGAAAAAUGUAGGGAAUGGUACAAAUCUCAGGGGAAAACUACUAAAAUAAAAGACAACCACAUUUGCGCAGGUUACGAACAUGGUGGAAUCGAUUCAUGUUGGGCUGACAGUGGCGGCCCCUUAAUGCUAGAUAUGGAUCAUUCAGAAGAUCAAACCAUGGUAAUUGGUGUGGUGUCGACCGGAAUAGGGUGUGCCAGACCUUAUUUACCUGGACUUUAUACCAGAGUUUCUGACUAUAUUUCUUGGAUUGAAGAAGUCCUACAGAAAUAA